CAGACGUGGGACUGGUUUCGUAAUUGUUGAAUUCAAGUAAAAACUUGGAAUUGGUGUAUCCAAGAAAUCCUCCUUCAAAUUACAUCCAUCCGUUGCGCCAUGUCUGCUGAACUUGCUGUUGUUUACGCCGCUCUCAUCCUCGAGGAUGACAAUGUUGAGAUCACCGCUGAUAAGCUCCAAACCCUCGUUGCCGCUGCCGGUAUUGAGGUUGAGCCUAUCUGGUUCUCCCUUUACGCCAAGGCCCUCGCCGGUCAAGACCUUAAGGCCCUCCUCAUGAACGUUGGUGCCCCUGGUUCCGGCCCCGCUGCCUCUUCUGGUGCCGCUGCCGCCUCUUCCGAUGCCCCUGCUGAAGAAGAGAAGGUUGAGGAGAAGGAAGAAUCCGAUGAUGAUAUGGGUUUCGGUCUUUUCGAUUAAACAUCUCGUCUCAUUAAUCACCCCUUUUUUGAUACAAGAAAACCAACCACAAUUAAACUUUUUAAUAAAUUGUCUUUGUUGCGCGGAUGAUAAAAAAAAAA